GUUGAAUGUCUUCGUCGCUGCCACCGCCCUUUUAUUCAAGAAUUAACAGACGAGACAAUGGCUCCUACACAGUCGGCUAAGAGGAGACGAUUGAGUCCUCCUGGUGAUGAGGAGAGAUCCUCUUCACGAUCCUCGAAGGGCUCGUCUUUCUACGAUCAAGCGGCCGCCGAAUGGGAUCUCGAACAGGACUAUGAGCGUCGCCCGCGCAAGAUGGACAAGAAGGAUAAGGAAAGGACCAGAUUGCCUAUCAAGACCUCGGAAGGUGUGAAGAAUGUCGAGGAACCCGCGCCCGAGGAGGAUGAAUCCGAUAGUUUUCUUGGGACCGAUGACGACGAGGACGAGGAUGCCGCUUCUGGAGAAGAGAUGGAUGAGGAUGAAGCAGAGUCCGAAGAGGAAGCUCCCAAGGUUCCAUUGAAGGUGCAGCUCAUUCAAGCCAAGGAGGAUUUGGCAAAAUUUGCAACAUUGAUCAAUGAAGACCCGGAGGAACAUAUCUCGCUGUUUAAGUCAAUGGCAGAAAUGGUGGACAAGGCACCGCACGUUGCAAUCAAGAAGUUGGCACUUGCUGCGCAGGCUGCGAUUUACAAGGAUGUGAUUCCGGGUUACAGGAUUCGUCCUCUCAGCGACGAAGACAUGUCCGGGGCCAAGAUCUCUAAAGAAGUGCGCAAACUCCGGUCGUUCGAACAGUCCCUUAUUUCAGGAUACAAGCACUAUAUCCAACGACUGUCGGAAUUCUCAAAACCAUCCAAGGCUGGAAACCCCGAUGUCGAUUCCGGCUUGAAGAGUCUCGCCAUCAACUGCGCAUGUAGCCUUCUGCUGGCCGUGCCGCAUUUCAACUUCCGCACCGAACUGCUGAAGAUUAUUGUGAACCGUCUCGCAAAGCGAACAGUCGAUGCUGACUUUACCAAGUGCCGGGAGACAUUGGAAGAUGUUUUCCACAAGGAUGACGACGGAAUUGUUUCUCUUGAAGCAGUCCGCCUUCUUUCGAAAAUGAUGAAAGCCAAAGAGUUCAGAAUCAACGAGCGCGUUCUCGACACAUUCCUCCACCUGCGCCUGCUCUCAGAAUUCUCGUCCAAGGGCUCCAGAGACCGAGUCGAUCGCGCCGAAGAAGAAACCGUCAAUGGCAAGAAGCCAAAACAGAAGCGGGAGUUCCGGACAAAGCGGGAGCGCAAGGUCCAGAAGGAGCUUAAGGUCGUGGAGAAGGAUAUGAAGCAAGCGGAUGCUUUGGUUUCACACGAAGAGAGAGAAAAGAACCAAGCAGAGUCCCUGAAGCUUGUUUUCGGAAACUACUUCCGCAUCUUGAAACUCCGCAUCCCUAACCUCAUGGGCCCCGUCCUCGAAGGUCUCGCCAAAUACGCCCACCUGAUCAACCAGGACUUCUUCGGUGACUUGCUCGAGGCAUUGAAGGAUCUCAUCGGACACGCAGACAGGGCCGAGAUGGAAGAAGACGACGAAGACGACGAAGACAUGGAGGACGAGAAGACAGCACGAGACUCUCAGCGCGAGGCUCUCCUGUGCACCGUCACCGCAUUCGCCCUUCUGGAAGGCCAGGACGUCAGCCGCGCCGCAGCAACCCUGCACCUGGACCUGAGUUUCUUCAUCAAACACCUCUACCGCUCCCUCUACCCCUUCUCCGUCAACCCAGACAUUGAAUUCAACCCAGAGAAAUCCCUCCGCCUCCCCGAUCCCGAUUCCAGAGAAGACGCCGCUGACCCGGCCUCUCGACGAUCCAAGAACAAAGUCAACUUCCAAACACCUACCGUUCUCUUCCUCCGCUGCCUCCAAUCUACCCUUCUCUCCCGCGCGCAUGGUGUCCCACCACCCGUUCGUCUGGGUGGUUUCUCCAAACGCCUCAUGACUACCUCCUUGCAAGUACCUGAGAAAUCUGCUCUUGCGACACUAUCGCUCCUGAACCAAGUGGCGAAACAUCAUGCCCGGCGAAUCGCGCCAUUGUGGCAUAGUGAUGAACGGAAAGGAGACGGAGUGUUCAACCCUUACGCACCAGAUGUAGAGGGAACCAACGUUUUCGCUGGAACAGUGUGGGAAGGCGAAUUGCUGCGGAUGCAUUACUGUCCCCAGGUGCGGGAGGCUGCAUUGGAUAUAGAAAAGAUGAUAUCAACACGGAAAUAAAAGCGGUUGAUAGCUAUUAAUGAUAUUUGAACUGGGUGUUUAUUAUUACUAUUCUCAUGCUUGAUUCGGAGUCUCAUGAACAUAUCUCAUGUCUCGUUCCUUUUUUUUUUUU